AUGGAAUUGUCGAAUGAAAAACUAGAAGUGAAAGUCUUGUCAUCACAGGUUGAUGAAUUUCAGCACAAAAUUUCAUUUUUAGAAUUAGAAUUUGAAUCCACCCAAGUAAUGAGUAAGAUAAAAAAAGACAUGAAUGGUUGCAAAUUUUAUACUGGGAUUAAUAGUUUCGAAAGGUUGUGGACUUUGUGUAAUUUUGUCAUAAAGUUCAUUCCACCACAACAUUCUCUCUGUAAACUUGACUAUGCUACUCAGUUUGUUAUUACUUUAAUUCGAUUAAGAUUGAACUUAACUAUGCAAGAUUUGGCAUACCGCUUCAAUAUCUCGCUUUGUACUUGUUCUAAGUAUAUCACUUUUUGGUUACAUGCCAUGCACAAAACAUUGGUACCUGCCUUUAUACGCUGGCCCAAACAAGAAAAUGUUAGGAAGACUAUGCCUCUAUGUUUCCGUGACCGCUUUUACCGUUGCAUUUGCGUAAUUGAUUGUUUUGAGAUAUUUCUUGAUAGACCCACUAAAAUUAAAGAAAGAGCGUCAACGUUUUCUACUUACAAAUCACACAACACCGUAAAAUUUCUUAUCGCUAUUACACCUCAAGGAUACAUAUCUUAUGUGUCAAAAGCGUAUGGUGGAAGAAUAAGCGAUAAGUUCAUUGUAGAAGACUGUGAAUUCCUUGACAAACUUAUUUUGAGAGAUAUAGUUCUAGCUGAUCGCGGCUUUACAGUUCAUGAAGCUGUUUCGCUACAAAAUGCAGAACUUAAAAUACCAUCAUUCCUUGGCAAGAGGAAUCAGUUAACCAACUUAGAAGUUGAAAUGUCAAGAGAUUUGGCUCGUGUGCGUAUUCAUGUUGAAAGGAUAAUUGGUGCCAUCAAACAAAGGUACUCCAUUCUUCAUUGUACUUUGAACCAUCAAUGCACUGAUCUAAGUGGAACUGAUGAAGAACGUAUUUCUAUUAUUGAUCAAAUGGUAAAUGUAGCUUGUGCUCUUUACAAUGCUUGUCCCUCUGUAGUCCCUAUUAUUUAACAAUGUCAUGUGACAAUGUGAUGGAAGUUUCGAAGUAGAAAUUUGUGGAUGUGAAGUUGUGAGUUUGCUAAUACAAUUAACAACAGCA